GUGUGUGUGUGUGUGGACCCGGACUGAAGCAGGUCUUCUGUAGGAACUCGCAGAAGUUGUGUUUUCCUCAGCUGUCUGCUGUAAACAGCCACAUGGGGGCCUCUGCGCCUCCAAACAUCUCUCCUCAUUCCGAAUCUGUGCCAAACUCCCUCCUACCGCUUGUAGCCCCUCUCAGGCCGUGGAGGGGGGCAUUCGCAUCCCGCUGUCUGCGUUUAGCGGACGGUGCUGCCAGUCAGCGUGAACCGGGGGGAGAUGAACUGUAACCCGUGCGCCCGCAGGCUGGCCCGCCGCUCCCGCUCUGCCCUGCUGCUCUCUGCGGUGGCCGUUCUGCUGCUCCAGACUCUCAUUGUGUGGAACUUCAGCAGCCUGGACUCUACCGGCGGGGACGGGGGCGCCAGGAGCCGGGAGAAGCGGGAGGACCGGACCAGGGGGCUCAACAAAGCCGAGGAGGACCCGCGGAGGGGGCUGCAGAAGAAGGACGAGCCUCCGCCGCCGCUGUACGGAAAGGCGGCCCUCCGACACAAGCUGCAGGCGGAUGUCUAUCAUUCUCACCGACCUAAAGAGAAACUUCGCUCCGACAGCAACAACAACGAGAACUCAGUUCCCAAAGACUUUGACAGCAACAGCAACCUGGGAGCGCGGUCCCAACGCCAUAAAGCCCCUGUCCCAAAUGUCAAGCGAAAGCUGGACAAGACCCAGAGCAUGCUGGGUAAUGAGGUCAUUAAGCACGCUCCUUCUUUACCAAAAGGCCACAACCGAACCUACAUCCAUCAGACCCAUACCCAACUGCUAACCCUCCCAGCACCAGCUCAGGGGUCCAAUCAGGAUCCACCAUUCUACCAGACAAGGAGACCGGCUUCACCUCCACUGCCGCCCAGUCUGGAGCCAAAAAGGGAGCAGCUACAGUGUGAAAUCAGCGGGAAAGAGGCCAUCUCUGCUCUGUCCAGAGCCAAGAGCCGGGAGUGUCGUCAGCAGAUAGUCGAGGUUUACUGUAAGCACAAAGAAAGGGCUCUAAUGCCAGAAAAAGUGCCACGUUACUGCCCAAUCGAAGGUAAAGCUAACGUGAACGCCCAGUGGGUUGAGGACACAGUCUCGAUCACUACUCCACCCGUCCGCAUCGCCUUUGUCCUGGUGGUCCACGGCCGAGCCUCGCGUCAGUUCCAGCGGCUCUUCAAAGCCAUCUACCACACCUCACACUACUACUACAUCCACGUAGACAGGCGGUCCAACUUCCUCCACAGAGAGGUGCUGUCUAUAGCAGCUCAGCUUCCAAAUGUCAGAGUCACACCCUGGAGGAUGGCCACCAUCUGGGGUGGAGCCAGUCUCCUCACCAUGUACCUGCGUAGCAUGGAGGACCUCCUCAAGAUGACCGACUGGACCUGGGACUUCUUCAUCAAUCUCAGCGCUGCCGAUUACCCCAUCAGAACCAACGAGCAGCUGGUGUCGUUCCUGUCUGUCUACCGCAACAUGAACUUCAUCAAAUCUCAUGGCAGAGACAAUGCACGUUUCAUCCGUAAACAGGGUCUGGACCGACUCUUUUACGAGUGUGACACCCACAUGUGGCGUCUUGGAGAUAGAAAAAUCCCAGAGGGGAUUGCUGUGGAUGGAGGUUCUGAUUGGUUCCUGCUCAACCGGCCGUUUGUGGAUUAUGUUGUGAAUUCGAAGGAUGAGCUGGUCAGCCGCAUGAAACGGUUCUACACCUACACGCUGCUGCCUGCCGAGUCAUUCUUUCACACUGUGCUGGAGAACAGCGUCCUCUGUGAGACCAUGGUGGACAACAAUCUGAGACUUACCAACUGGAACCGCAAACUGGGAUGUAAAUGUCAGUACAAGCACAUCGUGGACUGGUGCGGCUGCUCACCAAAUGACUUCAAGCCCUCAGACCUGCUGCGCUUCCAGCAGGCCUCCAGGCCCACCUUCUUUGCCCGGAAGUUUGAGGCCAGCGUCAAUCAGGAGAUCAUCAGCCAGCUGGAUGCCUUCCUGUUUGGAGAGUAUCCUCCUGGCACUCCAGGGCUUCAAGCCUACUGGGAGAACAUCUUCGAGCAAGAGACGGAUAGACUUUCCACCCUGUCGGAUUCAACACUUAGUCACUAUCAUGCUUUUGCUCGUAUGGGACUGUCCCGCGCCGCCGCCUCACUGCAGGGACAUCCUAACGAUAACAGCUGCAGGUACGUAGCCAUGAGUCAUCCAGUGUCUGUGCACCUUUACUUCCUGUCGGACCAGUUCCUGGGCUACCUGGUGCAUCUUGUGGCCACUAACCAAGCAUCUGCUCAGCUGGAGAGCCUGGAGACCUGGGUGACACCUAAAGAUCACUUCACCUUGGCGAACUUACCCAACACCAACAACAGGCUGCAGCACAUCCAGGUUGGAUCAGACUGGGAUCCAAAGGAGCGCCUCUUCAGAAACUGGGGGGGUCUGCUUGGACCUGAGGACGAGCCAGUGGCCGUGCAGCGCUGGAGCCGAAGCCAGAGCAACCUGACAGCCACAGUGGUGUGGAUUGACCCCACUAACGUCAUCGCCGCCACCUACGACAUCCUGGUGGACGCGUCUGCCGAGGUCACCCACUACAGGCCGCCUCUCACUUCCCCACUGCGACCGGGCAUCUGGACCCUGAGGGUCCUGCAUCACUGGAACCUGCUGGGCCAGACCAGCUUUGUUGUUGCUCCUCUGGAGUUCCACCAGCAGCAACCCAUUCAGAAAGAGGAAGCGCUACGGCUUCACGGAGGUCCAGCCAGGAACUCCUAUAUGGAGCAGAGCUUCCAUGGUCUGAACCCAGUCUUAAGGCUGCCUGUGAGCCUCAGUGCUGUGGAGGAGGCAGAGGCCAACUCUGGCCUGACGGGGGCGCUGUUGCACCACUGGCUUGAUGGGCUCCUGGAAGGCCACUGGGCUGCCUCAGACAUCUGCUCCAUGGGCCCAAGCGCCUGCCCCAUCAUGAAGCGCUGCCACCUCACUUCAUGGAGUUCAGCUAGCCCCGACCCCAAAUCUGAACUGAGCACACCCAGAGAGAACGGACGGAUCAGGUAGCAGUCAGACAGAAGAGGAAACAAACGAAGGAGGGCACAUUUGUGUCUGAUUUUUAUUUAUAUAAAGAUUGUAGGAGUUGAAGAGGAGAAUGAUGGGAGGAAACAGAACUGAGGAAGGUUUUCUCCUGGCUCCAGUCUGGUCCCCCUCUAGUUUGGGACAACCAGUGUCCUGAGCGAUCAAACGUGAGAUAAAGAACUUUAUACCUCGUGUCUCUGAAGUUCAGGAGACAUUUUACACGCUCACCCUGGAUCUGGAAACCCACUCUGAGGCCCAUUUCAGAAAAGUUUCGUUACAAAACAUCUCUGCUAAGAAACUUGAUCAAAUUGAAAAUGAAAAAAUCUAAAGUAACAAUUUUAUUUUGCUUAUUUUUAAGUUGUGGCAGAGACACAGAUAGGAAAUCAUUUUUAAACCUGAAAACUCAAAAUUUGACUUUUUAACUCCCUUGUCAUAAAAACAUAAGAAGUCAUAUUAGACCCGUUCAUGUCUGAUAUUUAUUUAUUUAUUCUUGCUGCAGUUUUUUUCAAUUUGUUCCAGGGAAACAUAAAACGAGUUUUGUUUCAGAAAAUCAAACAAAUCUAUAAACCUCAGAUGUUCUCAUACAGAGUCAGGCUCGUGCUGAGGGAGAUCCAUCUUUAAAGAGCAAGUCACCCCCUACCAGAUUCUUACUCAACUCCCACUUCCUGUUUGAAAAAUGUAUCAAAUGCUGUUGCCUAGCAGACCGAGAGGGUGGAGGGUACCGCCGACAAAUACACACACUCACGAUAUUGUGACAUCAUAAUGUACCAUCUAACAUCAUAGUCUAUCUCUUAGCCAAUAGCAAUGGCAGAUUUAAAUUCAAAUGCAGUGCUGAGUUUUUACCUGACGAUGGUGCAUCACUGACAGUUUUAGGGAGAAUAUUUAAAUUUUAACUAAGAUGAACUAAAAUGCCGAAUUACUGACUACACGUGGCUGCAGCACGAUCAGACACUCAUUUAUAUAGUUUAUCAGCAAAAAAAUGUUGAUUUGGAGUGACUUGCUCUUUAAAUGACUCAUUUGACCCCCUGAUGUGUUAGGUUUGCAAUAAGGUCACAAUUAUUUGCUCUAGGUGUUCAAAAAAUAUUUCUCUGGGAGAGAGUAGUGAAAGAAGUACCAGCAUACGCUUAAUUUCCAGAUAUCUCACCCUGACCUACUGCAGUUAACCGGAGCUAUACUGCAUGGCUGUUUAAGGCCUAGUCCACACGUAGCCGGGUUUUUUUUAAAACGAAUAUCCGCCCCUCCAAAAACUUGCAUCCACACCACCUCGUUUAAAAAAAAACACUGUCCACACGUACCCGGAUAAAUACGUUGUUAAGGACACGCCAGACCUGUAGGCGGCAGUACUUCCCCGUUGUUAACCUCGUCCUUCGUCUGUGGUCUUCCGCAAGGAGCAGUAAUUCCGCUUGCAAAAACAAACAAGCAAAAAGCACUUGGAAUAUGGAUAAAGCGAGCGCAGCUCUGAGGGCUUCCAUGCUGUCGGCUAGUGUAAACACAGGUCGCACACGUGAUGUCAGCAUUUUUUUGUCGCGGAAAGUGACGUUGCGGACCUUAAAACUCCGGUUUUGUCUGUCCACACGCAGACACCCAAAACGGAGAAAACGCAGAUCUUCACUUUGGCCGGAGUUUUUAAAAAGAUCCGUUUUCGUGUGAAAAAAACUCUGUUUUUGUGUGGAUGACAGGCCAAAACGUAGAAAAAUAUCUACGUUUUGGCAGAUCCCCGGCUACGUGUGGACAGGGCCUAACUUGGGUCCUGGAGGGCCACUGUAAUGCUUGCUUUAGGUGUUCUCUGCUCCAACACACCUGAUUCAACGUCUGAAUUACCUCUUCCUACGUUCUUCUGAAGUCUUUUAAUCACCCAUUGAUUAAAACCAGGUGUGUGUGUAGAGAAACAGACAACGUGCUGGUAGUGGCCCUCAAGGACCAGCCCUCAAUCAGUUUGAGGUGUCGGCUAUACAGGCCCGAUUAAAAAAACAGAACCUGACACAGAAAUGAAAACUUGUCUGGUUGUCACAGAAAAAUUAAGAAAUAGACGUCUCUACAUGUUGACGUCUUAUUUUAAUUCUUAGCUUUGAAGCUUUGCAUACACAGAUGAUAAAAAAUAAAAUGCAGAUCCAUUCUUCCAUUACAUUCUAAGUUAUCAUUACAAUAAAAAUAGCCCAACAUUAGCACUGUCACCACCAGGUCGGUCAGUUAUUUUAUCAUCUGUUGGACUUUUUCGCUCUUGUUUGAACUGUUUUGCUUUAAAUAAAGGGUGAAACCAGAUAUUUGUAUUAAGGGUUACCCAUAACACCAACACAGGUAAAAUAUUCAUGCUCUCUCCCAGAACUUUUAAUCAGUCUGAGUUUGGUUUCUUCCCUCAGUGCCGACUGGCUCAGCUCUGUGUGAGCGUUGUGUUUUAUAUCUGUGCCAUAAGAAUCGUUCAAACUUGAAGUGAAACAUGCUGGAAAUUCACCUGCUUCCUCUGAAUUAGUUCUUAAAUCUGGUGUGUGAAAGACAGAUGGUGUGUUUAUCAGCUGCACAAGUAAUUUAUUUAGAAAUCUAUAUUUUUUUGUUUGUUAGUCAGCGACUAAUAAUUCAGACACUGAUAUUUGGUGAUUUGUUUUCUGGAGAAAAUGUGUGCCUUUGUUUCUAAAGGCUGGUGGUAAAUUUGUCAUCAGUAUAUUAAUACUAGAUCCUCCUUCACUGUUACAACGUUCAUGGAAUCAGUUCUGAAAUUGUUUUUUGUCUUUUAUAAAAUGUUAACAGGGAGGUAAAAUCCUCCGGUAAAUCUUUAGAAUAUCAACUGAAACUCUGAUGAAUUUAGAACAUACUUCAUGAAACAAAGGAAAAGUUAAUUUCACACAUUUGUGUUAUCACAUGUAAAAAAAAACUCUUAUUUUGAAGGUUGAAAUGAUUGUUGUGGAUGUAUUAGAAGGGAAGUGGUUUACACAGAAGCACCUUUAGAUUUCCACUGAUGUGCCAAAAAAGGGACCCAGAAAAUGUUCUGCUCUGGUUUGCACCGGUAAUAAUAAAAAUAUGAGCGGCUCGGCUCAAACGGGCUUUUUAUUUGAGUUCACACAGACCUUCCUCAUGUGUGCAGACUGUGUAAAAACCUGUAAACCAACUUUAGCAUUUACUGUACUAUGGAUCAGAGCAGGGGUGGAUUUAGGACUGAAGAAGAUCUGGGGCUUAACAAACACACACGCACGUGCACACACACACAUUUGACACGCACUAGUCAACAUCAUAUAUAUAUGUCUUGUACCACAUAAUUUUUAAUCUGAAGCUACAUAUUAAGCAUAUUCAGGGCAGAGUAUUGUUCCUGUUAGUGUUUAGUGUGAGACGAUAGUAAAUAUUCCCUUUCUUUCUCCAUCAACUUUACCUGAUAGUAAGCUAACUUUAGGCAAACCAGCAGCACAACAAAUAUUUUCAAAUAAGACUCACAAACCUGAGUCAACACCAGUGUCAUCAAAGCUGGGGUUCACGUCCUUAUGUCCAUCUUCACUCAUGCGUUUCAGGCAGAGACUGUAGAAGAAGCCGGCUGCUGAAGAGCUUCUUCUUCUGUGGUAGAGGCUCAGGCAGGCUGUAAACAAACUACUGACAGCUGCCCCCUCUCUGUUGGACUUUGGUACUGCAUGUUACUUCCACGUUUUAGAUCUGGGGCUUUUCAUAAAACAUUCGGGGCUUGAGCCCAAGUAGCCGGGCCUAACGCCGCCCCUUGAUCAGAGUAAAGAACAGACGAUAAAUAUAUCAGGAGGAUACCUGUUAAACCAACAGUCUCAUCUCUUAAGUAAGGAAUGUGCUCAUCUUGGGGCCGCAUGAAAGAAUACAAAUGAACUAGAUCAGAAAAAUGGCAACUAAGUAUUUAUAUAUUUUUUUUAAAUCCCAUCUCACCCUCCACAGGUGGUCUCAUCCUUUCAAGCUCAGGUCUUCUACCAGAGGCCUGGGAGCUUGAGGGUUCUGUGCAGUGUCUUAGCUGUUCCUAGAACUGCACUUUUCUGGACUGAGACAUCUGAUGUUUUUCCUGGGAUCUGCUUUAGCCACUCCUCCAGUUUGGGGGUUACUGCCCCGAGUGCGCCGAUGACCACGGGCACCACCGAUGUCUUCACUCUCCAGACCUUCUCAAGUUCUUCUUUGAGGUCCUGGUACUUCUCUAGUUUCUCGUGAUCCUUUUUCCUGAUCUUACAUCAUUUGGUAUCGCCACAUCAACCACAACAGCUGUCCUCUGUUGUUUGUCCACCACCACAAUGUCCGGUUGGUUCGCCAUCACCUGUUUGUAUCUGGAAGUCCCACAGGAUCUUGGCUUGCUCGUUUUCUUCCAUCUUAGGGGUGUUACCCACUUUGGUUUUCCAUGUAUGCUUUCCCUGCCAGCAUGUUACACCCUGCAGGUAUGUGGUGGACUGUCUCAGGGGCCUCGUUGCAUAGCCUAAACCUUGGGUCGUGUCUGGUGUGGUAGAUCUUGGCCUCUGUUGCUCUGGUGUUCAGGGCCUGUUCCUGUGCAGCCAUGAGGAGUGCUUCAGUGCUGUCCUUCAGACCAGCUCUUUCUAGUGAUUGGUAGGAUUUCUUGAUAUCGGCCACUUCAGUUAUCUGUCCGUGGUACAUCCCAUGUAGGUGUUGGUCCUCCAACAAUAUAAUUUUCAGCAUCCCCCCCCUCUGUUCACCAUUGUCUGAGACAGUCACUGAGCAUGUCAAAUGUUGGGGCCUUGUCCUUGAUGUACUUAUGGAUCUUGGAUGUUUCAUCCUCGACAGUGGCUCUCACACUCACCAGUCCUCGGCCUCCUUCCUUAUGACUAGUGUACAGUCUCAGGGUGCUGGAUUUGGGUUGGAACCCUGGUUAGGACGUUCCUUGUCUUAACAUCCGUGGCUUGUAUUUCUUCCUUUGGUCAGCUUAUUAUUCUUGCAGGAUACCUGAUUACUGGCAGGGCAUAGCUGUUAAUUGCCCAGGUCUUGUUCUUGCCAUUGAGCUGACUUCUUAGGACUUGGCUUACUCUUUGUAGGUAUUUAGCUCUGGCUCCUUUUCUUAUGGCUUCAUCGAGUUUGUCAUUUUCUUGUGGGAUACCAAGGUAGUUGUAGCUGUUCUCAAAGUCUGCUAUUGUUCCUUCUGGGAGUGAGACCCCUUCUGUGUGGACUACCUUCCCUUUCUUUGUCACCAGCCGACCACACUUAUCAAGACCAAAUGACAUUCCGAUAUCAGGGCUGUAGAUCCUGGGGGUGUGGAUCAGUGAGUCGAUGUCUCGCUCAUUCUUGGCGUACAGCUGUAUGUCAUCCAUGUAGAGGAGGUGGCUGAUUGAGGUUCCAUUCUUGAGUCCAUGGUUAGUCUUGUUGAUUGACUGAGGGGGUUCAGACCUAUGCAUAACAACAGAGGGGACCGGGCCUGCUAUAAUUCCUGACAUGAGCUUCCAUAUGGUAGAGAGACAGAUUACUGGCCGAUAACUGGAUGGGUUCUUCAGGAUCAAGAUCGUGUGCCCUUCAGUUAGCCAUUCAGGGUGAUAUUUUUGAAUGUCUUCCACAGUGAUGGAUACUGGGUCCUACUCAUGGAGACUAGCCACUGUGCAUCACUGUUGUGUGAUGCCUCAUUUUCCCAUAUGCCCUUCCAGUACUGUUCAGUCUUGGUGGGUCUGAUCUGCUAUAUUUUCCCUGCCGCUGGGAGUAUACUUAAGCUGGUUAGGUCAAGAUUUUGUACCUCUUUAGGUGGCUGACCAAGGCCUGGAGCCUUUGUUUGGCAAUUUUCCAGUACUUAAUGUAUGGGUAUCUUGAGUACAGUUUUCUCAUUGUACUCUCUCUGUACUGCCCUCAUUUUGGCCUCCAAACCUCCAUUUCCCUGGUGGGUAUUGUUUCUCAUGGUUGCUCUUGCUCUCAGAGCCAAGCAUCUCAAGGAUCACUGCUACUGAAGUGAUGGUGGUCCCAAUGCUGCAUUCAGAUCCAGUGUUGGGCAAGUUACUUCCAAACUGUAAUGCAUUAUUUAUUACUUGUUACCCUCAUUUUAAAGUAAUUCAUUACAUUACAAUAUUACCGAUUUUAAAAUGUAAGGCAUUACACUACUUUUGCAUUACUUUGUUACUUUCAUCGAUACAAAUUCAGUAAUGAAUCUGGUCAUGCGACGCUCAGUGAGUUCAUGACAUACAGUAUAUGUGGAAGGUGAUCUGGUGUCUGAGCUAGGAUUGCUGUUAAAAACAGUCAGAUAUAAUAACAGUGCUUUAAAAUGAUUGUUUAUUAAAUAAAAGCAACAACAAUCUGUACUCUCAGCACGCUGCCAUCUUAUAUUAACUGAGCAGGGAGUGAGGUGGUGGAGGCUCCAAGCCUAUAUUUGCCUUGGUCCCCAAAUGCCUUGAUACGGCCCUGGAUGUGGGACUGACUUCUGGGGUGAUCUGAUUCUAUCACAUGUAUAAAUAUUAAAGGCUUAUAUAUAAUUGCUUUUCACUGGUCACUGUUUUGUUUUCUUGAUUUUAUUUGAAUAAUUUCCUGCUCUUUCUCUCUUUAACCUUCCUGCAUGCUGCAUGUUUUCUCCGUCUUCCGAAAAACUGUAAACUAGAUUUCCUACUUUCUAACUAAUCAGCCAAAGGGAUCUACCCAACGCAAAAAAAUAAAAAAGCUUCAUAUGCCCUGCGCUCCAGCAACAAUGAGUUGAAAUCACCGGGGCACAGAUUAUGAACUCAGCUGAAAAGUACAUGAAGUACCAGAGAAUAUGGGCUGAUAUAAACGAUCGCAAACGAAUGACUUUGUUUUGGUGGAGCGAUUUAGUGAAUAUAACAGCGGCCGCGCGCAGGACGAGUAUUUGAGCCAUCACCGCUGCGUCCUCUCUGCUCAUAGAACGCCCGCAAAGCUAAGUCCAUAAACGACGUCAUAUAAGUGGACACUGGAUCUUUUUUCAGGCUUCCCGCAAUUUGAAUUUUUAGGAAACCCACAUCUUGAUUCUGGGUUUUAAAAUGCAUUGUAAUUACUGCGUUACUGACAAUUGUACCGAGUAAAUAUUACCAUUUUCUUUCCCUGUAAUGCCUUACAUUACCACAUUACAGCAAAAAGCAAUGCUUUACAGUAAUUAAUUACUUUUGUACCGCGUUACUCCCAACACUGUUCAGAUCUUCAAAGAUUUUGGAUGGUACUUCACUCAGCCGUUGUAAUUGGCAUCUGGGUUGCCUGGUGUUCAUUUGAGGCGUGAUCAUAUCUCUCAGGUCAGUUGCUUUAUCGUUCAAUGUGCUGCCGUGUCCUCCCAAAGCUAUUGUCCCCCAUAAAGCUUAUUCAUGCAAGAGACAGACACACCCGUUAAAGCAGAUCGAACAGACUCCUUGUGACUCUGCAUUUAUUCUCAUCUUUGCAAAAGUGUCUUAAACUAAUCUGCAUCCCACCAGAUUCUGGUUAAUCCUGUUUUUCUCCAGUAAAAUGUGUACCAAUUAGGGAGCUCAAAUGUGCAUGGAGCUUGACUAUUAUCGACUAUUAUUGAAGAUUCUCAUUGUAAACACACCUCCAAAUUUUGUCAGCAAUACUUGAAGAACAGGUUCACUGAGAAACUACUAUUGCUUAUUUUUGAAAAUUAUCAGUCACUCUGAGUUAAACAUGCAGACUGAAUGUGAAAAUAGUCUAUUUCUUGCAUUAGCUUCUAUGGAAAAUAGAAGGUAAAAUGCUCGGUUCAAAAAAGCUUGACAGAUCUAUGUCACACUGUCGCUUAACAUUCAUGGAGUCACCCAUCUUGACUCACAACGGGGGAGGCUGUUGUUGGUUUAGCGUCCAGGAAACAGCAGAGAAAAACUCGGUUAGUAGAAGCUAACCAUUAGCAGUAGCACCUCCACCAACUCCUUCAGGCUUGUGUUAUUUGUGGAGGUUAAACAUCAACAAUGCAGAGCAAAUUAAGUCAGUGGUAGAGUUGUGUUGCUGUUAGCCAAUGUGUGGUGAGAUUAGGGCUGAACGAUUUUGGAAAAAAAUCUAAUUACGAUUUUUUUUCUUCAAUAUUGCAAAUUGCGAUUUAAUUCACAAUUAUUUUCUCAAGGGGCUUUUUUCAUUUUUCAACUAACAGAAGAAAAAAAAUCUAUGUAACUUGUACUGAAUAUAAACAAGUUUAUCAAGUUUAUGUAUCUACAUACAUCAACAAGUUUACUUGUCUACACAUACAUGAGCACUCACAAGUAAAGACAACAUCUUGAAUUUGAAGGUGCAAUGCUUUGCAGCCAGGAGCGCAUCCCUUGAAGGAGAAUGGGUAUUAGCAUCACCUGUGAAAAUUUAUUUGCAGGAAAGAUGUGUGUCCCAUUUAUUGAAGUCUUUUGUGUUUAGAGUGACGUCUUGUCCAUGCAGAGCUUCCGUAGUUCAGUUACGUUCCCAGCUGCUAGCCAAAACUCAGUGGAGUUGAAGUACAGUUUUCUAGCUUUACUAAAAUAUCUGUCUGUACUUAUUUGAUUAAUGGCAGUUUUUACUUGUUAUUAGACUCUAAAUGUAAUCAUUUGGCACGUUCCUAAUUCAUAAUUUGUAAGAAUCUAUUUGGCGAUAUUAGCGUUAGCAUCCCUAUCGGUUUUUCAAUGUAUAUUAGCAUUGUGCUAACCACUCGCUGCCAGUCAAAUCUCCUUUUGUCACAUCUCAAUUUAAUUGCAUAUGCAAUUAAUCGUUCAGCCCUAGGUGAUAUAUCCAAAUAUCAGGAAAUUGAAGUCCAAAUUCUGCCGUCUGAAGCUGUCCUCCAGCUGACCCCUAUGUCCUCAAACAGGUGCAGCAGAGCUUUUUUUCCCCUGGAGUACAACUUACAAGGCAUUCAUUCUUACUAGAGACCACUGCAAAUCUAUUAAAAAUAUGACUUAACUUGAUCGAUAAAGAACAAGCUGACAGCCAAACAGUGGCUACUUGUUAGGAAUUCAUUUUAACUCAAUUUUCCACAAAAGAAUGAAAACACCAGCUUUGUUCAUUCAGGUUUGUGCAUCUUAUUUAAAUGUGUCAGUAAAGUUGUGCUACCAACAUAACGAAUGAUAACAAAAUAAUGUUAUGUAGGUUUCAUGAGGAGAAGCCACACAACCUGGGAUAACUAUCAUAGAAAUGAUUUGAUAACAGAGAAGCUGAUGCUCUCUGGAUUAAUAAAAAACAUGUAACGAGUACAACAGAGGGAAAACUACUACAUGAAAAUUUCUAAUAUAAUGACUAAAUUACUUAUUUAGUUUCAUAAAUACACAGAAUUUAUUAAUUUAUUAAAUAAUCACCGAAAUAUGUUUAGGUUGACAAAAGUAAUGGUAACUAAACAUAAAGAAAAUCAUUUCAUUACUUUUAAACUGUGGUUCAACAGAAAUAUUUGAUCCAUAACCUAAUUCUUUGUUGAACACUUUGAGGCAAGUCACUGCAGGCAAAUGAUUUCUGUGACUCAACCAGAAUCUGCUGACAGAUGUUUUGACCCAUUGUUAUUCAUUUCAACCACAAUUAAAAAGCUAUUUUUUAUUUCAAGGAUCAAGAACAGUUUCUUUCCCCAAGUGAUCACCACUCUGAAUGCCCACAUGCGCCAAAAACUUUAUUUAUAAUAACCUACUGACAAUUAUUUAACUUUCAGAUGGCAGCCAUGUUUUUAUGGUGCUUUUGUUUUGUCCUAUGCUUUCCUUUUUCUUUACUCGUCUUAUGUAAAUAUUAGGAUCAGCACCUUUGCAAUUUUGCUGUGACAGCAGCAUAUUUUGUUGUUGUACAAUGACAAUAAAGCUUUCUAAUUGUUUGAAUGCUGGUAAGCAUUUAAACUAUUGUUUUCCUGUUUUUCUUUAUUGUUUGAAUGCUGAAAAGCAUUCAAACUAUUGUUUUCCUGUUUUUCUUUAUUGUUUGAAUGCUGAAAAGCAUUCAAACUAUUUCAGCAUUCAAACUAUUGUUUUCCUGUUUCUCUUUAUUCUUCCAUAUUCUGCUUCCGUACACUUUUUGAACCUCUUCUUCUCCUUCAAAUUUUGAGCUAUUUCAACCAUUUUAUAUCAAAACGUUCAGCUCAUUAAGCUCUUUCCGGCUAUUACUUUUGGCAUUGAUAUCUUUCAAAUUGUUUGAGUUAUUAAGCUUUUACUGCGAAAAAUUUCCCAUUGAAAUGAAUGGGAUUGGUCAAUUUUCAGCAAAUUCCUAUCACUUUUUUGACCUCGAACUCUCUAGGGUUCCUUUUAACUUAGAGACUUCAUUCAAAGUUUAACAAACUCACAAGACUUUCCUGUUUAACAUAUUAAAUAGGCUUUUUGAUAUCUUUUACGGUUUUUCUAAAAUCGCAGGUAGAAGUUGAGGUACGACUUGAAAUUUUCAGAAAAAUUCACAAAAGUUAUAAUGGAGAAAGAUAGGAGCAGUGACCCUCCCUUGCUCCAUUUCCGGCGUUGUCCCGAGAGAACCGUAGGUCCGAUUGAAAUGAGACACACACUAGCUUGCAGCUAACGAAUAUACCUUUGUUUUGAGCUAUAAUUCAUGACUGUACUCCAAACAUUGUGGCCGUACGGUUCAUUUGUUUGAGAAAAUUCAAAUUUAAAAAAAGGUCUCUGAUCACUCUCACUUGAAAAUUCCCCACUCUAAGUUUUGAACUUCACAUCUUCUGUGAACAACUCUUCACUACGCCCAGACCGUUUGGACUACCGUAACAAAUUAUACCUCAAAAAGUAGGAAUGUUUGUCAGCUUUUCAGAAUGGGUUUCAUUUUAUCUGUAAGUGUUACCGUUCUUUCGCUACAAGCCUCAGAAAGAGGAGAGACCCCGCUUUUCUCAUUGAAACCCAUGUUAAACGAAGAGAGAUUUUCUCCUCAAAACGGCUUCAGACAGCUAAACGUUUCUCAUCAUAGCUUCUAGACAAUUCAUGUUAGGCACAUACAAAUCGGCACAGAUGAUCAUCCAAGUCCUCUACCACUCACGCUUUUUGAAUUUUUCAAAUCGGUGCUGUACUUUUCGAAUGGUGAUGAGAAGUUUGACAGGUCCAAUUUCACUUCUGAAGGACAGAUUUCAAGGGUUCUCUCUUUAACAGGAGCAUAGGCGGAGAUCCCAGGGGGGACGGGGGGGGGAAGCGUCCCCCCCUCACACAAAGUUGUCCCCCCCAAAAAAAGUUAUUGUAAAUGUAUAAAUGCUAUCAGUAAACCUGUAUUGUCUUCUAAAACCACAACGUAAAAGUUAGUCUGCAAAUACAAAACAAUGUGUUUUAAUUGUUGAGAAAUUAUAGUCCACCCCCCCCCCCCCCCCCCCCAAUUCCUCAAGUUGGUACGGUCGGUCCACACGCGCUGUUUCCAACGGGCGGGGCUGCCGGCUUUGCCUCGCUCACAGCUUCACAGCAGCCCGCAGGCUCACAGGAAGGGAAUCAAAAAGCCAGCGGUUUCCAGCAGUAAGUCAAUUAUCUCACGCUUGUUCUACAAACUUAAAUAUGUAUGUCAAAUGUGGUCAAAAAUGAUGCAGGAAGAUGAGAGACACAGAACAGGAAAAUAGUUCAAUAAAAACAAGAAAACAAAACAAAGUGUUGAAAAGUAAAAUGUAGGUAGAUUUAUCUCCACUACACACAUGUAAUAUUUAUACAUUUGAUACAAUUCAGAUCACCUUCAAAACUCAGUCACACACCCAGGGCCGUUUCAAGACAUUUUGGGGGCCAAGGCAAAAUGACCCCCCCCCCCCCCCACACACACACACACACACACACACACCCACACCCACACACACACACACACACACACAUACACACACACACAAAAUAACAUACAAGAGAAUUAAAAAUAAUUUAAGGUGAAGCGCUUGCACAUACUGUGUUAUUGUGUGGUAUGUUCUGUGUGUAGAAACACGUUCAAUUUGAUUGACCGUCAGAAGGUGGGAAAGUGCCCCGCUCCCACCCAGCCCCCUGACUGGUUGAGAGAGGUCAAUCAUCUUCUGGCUAAAUGGAAUUACACACCCACACAUGUGAGACAUCAAAUCGAUCGGCUAGGCCUAAGGAAUCCAUCCAUCCAUCCAUCCAACCAACACACAAAACAACCAUCCAUCCAUCCAUCCAUCCAACCAACCAACACACCAACCAAACAACCAGCUCUAUACACUUAAAACUCUAUACACUUACAACUAGCAGCAUUGCUGACAUUUUAACACUAGUCAGAAGGCAGGAACCGCCCCCUCCUCCUUCAUUGCUCUUUCACUGGCUGAGAGUUUUCAAUCGUCUUCUGCCUAAAAGGAAAUGUGCACCCACACGUAUGGUGCAUCAAUUCAACCUGCUUGGUCCCAGGAGUCUUGUUUUAACUUGAUAUUGUGCUCUGCAUUUCCAUGGCAACGUGCUUAGCAACAAUAUUUAACAACAUUUUAGACACAACUGUAUCAACAUACUUUAAUAUAGAAAUGUUAUUCAAAGUUUAAAUGACUCAUGUGUUAUUGUACAUAGCUUUAUUAAUGCAGACUUCUGUCAUCUGUUACCAUGGCAACACAAGGAACUACACAUCACUUUAACCAAGUCUCAUAGGAAUGAAUAUAAAAAGAAGAAUAUUGAGCCAUUAACAGACUCCUGUUUUUGAAUUGUUUGUACUUAAAACUAGAAAUAGGUUCAAUUUCAUUGACCGUCAGAAGGUGGGAAAGUGCCCCGCUCCCUCCCAGCUCCCUUAUUGGUUGAGAGAGGUCAAUCAUCUUCUGGCUAGAUGGAAUUACACACCCACGCAAGUGAGACAUCAAACUGAUCGGCUUGGCCUAAGGAAUCCAUCCAUCUACAUAUAAAUCCAUACAUGCUUCUAUCUAUCCAUCCAUCCAUCCAUCCAUCCAUCCAAUAAACCAUCUAACAUCCAUCCAAAAAUCCAUCCGUUAUUUCAUUCGUCCUACUCUUCAUCCAUCCCAUAUCAAAUCUGAACAUAAGUUCAUCUAUCAGUUUCAGAUAUCAGCAAAUAUUUCUAAAUUCACAGUCCAGCCAAUUGUAAAAAUGUACCCGUUAAACUAUUCUCAUUCAAAUGCCAGCUGUUUAACGUUUCAAAUUUCCAGUUUUUGAUAAAUGUUCAAAGAUUACAUUUGUCUGCUGUUUAGCAUUUUUAUCCAUUAUUCGCCUAUAUUCUGAGCUUUAUUAUGCUUGUUGGUGAUUUUUGCUUCUAAAUCUUUAAAUACAUUCAGCUCAUUUUGACAGUUCUGCUUUGUUUCAGCUUCAGCUCAGCUGUUCGACGGCUUCAGCUUACAGUUUCGGCUGUCUAGCAUUCAAACAGCAUUUGUGCAACAAAUGCAAUUUUUCUAGUUAUAAUUUUUUUGAUUAGCAUAAUUUAGCAAACAUUUAUUUGUUGUUUUUGAGUUUCUAAGUAUUUCAGUGAUUAUUGGGAAUUUUGCCUUUUCUUUAAUGAGAUGUGAAUAAACUUUAUGAUUACUGCACAUGGCUCAAAUCCUUAUGUUAAGUCCCAGAGACGGUUUGGUUUCACAUGUUUUCGGCUUUAAGGUGGUAGAAAUUUUCAAAGUUGAAAUGUUUCAUUAAAAAAAGGUUUUUGCACAUGCUAAAAAUGUAGUCAUCUGGACAAAGCCCCUGAUCUUUUCAAUGCUAAAUCCACACCUGCAGCCAGAGAUCUGGGUGUAAUUCAGCACCACAGUCUCUGGAUAUGCUCCAGGAAGCACAGGAGGAUAUCUCAGAUUCCCUGGAAAUCUCCCAGGCUGGAACUGCUGCAGAAGGUGUUUCAAAACUUGAAAGAAAUAAUUCAUAAUUUUCAUUGUUUAAAACUCUUAAUUUCUAAUUUUGAAUACAUGUCUUGUUCGUUUACUAUAUUUCAGAUUCAGACUAUUUUCAGAUGUGGUUCCAUGAAAAACAAAGAACAUUUCCAAGUUACCCCAAAUGUUUGAACAGUAGUCUUUCCAUUUUGAGAUUUGUAUUUAGGUAGUUUUUGUAUUCAGCAGUCAACAGUUACGAUAACGGUACAUUUAAAUAUCUUUUGAUAAACUGUUCCAGUAUGUGGAGCUGAAACUGUUAUUCCUGGGACCAAAGCAGUUUGGAUGAGAUCCAUGAACUUUAACGCUAUUUAUUCUAGACCAGUUAGUGUUACAUAUAAUUUAUCAGAUCAAGUUACUCUUAGUGGAUGAGUUCAAAUGUUUAGAUGGUAAACCAACAGGAAGUAGCUGCUGGAAUUCCAAUUGGUAAACUGGAAAAACUCAAAGCCAGUCUGCUACAAAAGAAAAAGGGACUGAAUCUGUGUGAGCACAUAAUCUGAAUGUGGUCUAAUCUUUGGACAGGCUGUUAUUAUUUAUUGAAAACCUUUAAAGACAUUGUGUGAUGUUACAAUUAAGCGAAGUUUAGAUCCCAGUUGAAAUUAUUUUUUCUCACGCCUUCUUUCAGUCCCGUUUUGUUUCUUUGUGAUGGUUUGGUUUCCAUUGUUGUCGUCUCUCACCAGUUGUGCUGUGCCUUAGCUGUGAGUUCUAAGAAACGCCCAGUAAAUAAACAAAAGUCAAAAAUGAAA